AUGCCGAUUAGAAGGAGUGAGGCAUACGAUGACCCUUUGAAACAGAAGUCUCAUGAGAAAUUACCAGUUCCGGGGAAAAUAUCUGAAGCCAAGUCUGUCUCCCUGCAAGAGCCGGGUAUACAAUGGAGCAACCUGAUAUUUCUGCCAUUCCAUCCAAUUUUCGAGAUGUUCAUCGUGUUCGGCGUUUGUAUAAAAGUCAUCUUGGGUCCAAUACAAGCGGUAUAUCCAAUAGUGUACUGUAGUGAGCUCAUGGAGAAACAUUCGUUUUUGACGUUUAUCAAAUAUUUUUAUCUGUACUUUUGUGAUUCACUUUAUGGUAUCGACACGUUUCUACAUAUUGUGCAUAGACAAGUGACGGACAAAGCAAUGCGGCGCCAACAUCUGCCCAAAUCAGCCGGAUUACUGCUAAUAGAUUUAAUCUCAUUGAUUCCGAUGUUUCACCUGGCAUCUGAAAGUUGUCCUCCUGUUCGAUUAUGGCCAAAUAUACUAGCAUUCAAUGAAUAUCUAGUCAUUUAUAGGAUUGGAUUUUAUUUCUCUUUGAUUACUACACAUUCAUAUAAAAAUCUCCUGUCGGGUUACACAAUCGUUUUGCUGAUGACUUUGAACUGUGUAACUUGUUUUUGGUUGUUGUUAACUGCAGAAGGUUUAUGUGACAAUUGCAACAUUCCAGGAAAGUAUUAUGAUUGGCGAGAUUUUAUCAAACAUAAGCUCAAUGAAACUGAUGAGGGAUAUGGUACCUACAUAUAUGCAUUUAGUUUUGUAUUUUCUUUUACUGAGAAUAGCUUUUAUUCCGAUGAAAUCGUACCUACUACAAUGACAGAAUUUUAUAUUUGCUGCCUAUUUGCCAUCAUUUGUUAUAUAUGUAACCAUUUCCUAUUAACACCAAAAUUCUUUGCUGAAGCUUUGAUGAGACUUCGUUGGAUUUGUACCCGAUAUCCAAUCACACAAAAAAUUAUUGAAGACACUAAGAGAAGAAAUGUAUCGAAAAAUGCUCAUAAAAAAGUGGAAGAAUAUUAUGUAACGAUUUGGAGAAAGCAAAAAGGAAUUCAUGAAAUGCCUAGUAUUUAUGACGAAGAAAUACCACGACAUUUAAGACUAGAAAUUAAACAAGAUUUACUUUGGCCAAUAUUUUACCACAGUCCUACCUUACGGAAGACAUCCUUAGCUAUACGGCGAUGGCUGAGUGACUUUAUAAUCAUAUCAUAUAAGAUGCCAGGGGAAAGAUUUUUUACAGGUGCUGAUUCUUCGGGUACUUUGUAUUACUUAAAGUCAGGCAUAGUUGAGCUCCUGUCAACAGAUGACGGAACUACCCCGAUACUGUCUGUAACCAGUGGUACAAUAUUCGGAGACACUAAUUUCUAUACACCUAAUAACAAUAGAAAAGUAAUUACACGAUGCUUAACAUUUUGUGAAAUAUAUUAUGUGAAACGAAGUCUUUUUAUAAGAGCACUACAUAGAUACCCUUCGGAUCGAAAUAUUAUCAUGCGGGCAACUCGUGCUCGCCUUGAACAUGCAAAAAAGCUGUAUUCUUGUAAAGCCCUGAUAAGGGGCAUCGAUAGAAAUGAAGACGAAGGUAUUGCAUGGAUCAAAAGGCGUUGGUGGGAAAUACACGAUGUGGUUCAAAAGUGGUCCAGACAAAGCGGGAAGACUAAAGAGCAGGUCAGAUGUGAUUUGCCUCGAGAAGAAUCUAUAUACCACUGCGCCAAAUAUAUCGGACAACUGGUGCUGUGCGCCCCGUCAGAGCUUCAGACACAAUCCAUGUUCACUAGAUACUCGUUCCCGUGGAUAUUAAAUCCGAUCUCUAAUUUUGGUCACGCGUGGUAUAGAAUUGUGGCAAUCACUGUGCUAUUAGUCUUGUGUACAUUUCCACCGAAUCUAGUUAAACCUGUGUUGCCCGUGUGGUUUGUUUAUUUCACAUUUUAUUCAGACACCGUUUAUAUUCUAGAUAUAGGGGUGUCUCUUUUCACCGCCGUAGAUAAACUAGACAUGUCUACAGACGGUUUUGCAACAGUAAUGUUUGAACGAUUCAAGACUUUUACCUUUCUGCUUGAUGUAAUCUCAACGCUUUGGUUUGAAGAUAUAUUCUCUAUAGCUGGAACAUCUGAAGCAAUGUACAAUACUCUUCAGUUCAACCGAUUGCUAAAAUGUUACGUCCUAUUUCGAGGUGUUUAUUUGAAUUGGGAUUUAAUAAUUAAAAAUCCGUUCGUGGUUUUGUGCCGAAAACUUAUACUAACCUAUUUCACUAUUCAAAUGGUGUGCAGUCACAUAAUUUUGGAUAUGUCAAACUACAUGACGUUAAAUAUGAAGUAUUUUUUCGGAGAAAUAAUGUGUAUUAGGACAGUAAAAUCUGACUGUCGCGCAAUUCACCCUGUGGUCGGAGUCCUUGUUGCAUGGGAAUUCGAAUGGGUGUUCUGUGAAUUCUCUCCGGAAAAUCUUCCAGAUAUGUAUGUGGGAAUGUUUGUCACCUUUAUGAAUUAUGUUUUAUUCAUUUUCACUAAAGGAAAUUUUGUAUCAUACAUGUAUUUAAAAUAUCGAUGCGCUCAGCACUAUCAGAUAUUUGUUUCAAAUCUGAAGAAGUAUUACGAACAUUAUAAAAUACAUUUAGACUUGUUGAAGAGACUUGACAGAUAUUUCAUAUGUCAUUGGAAGUACUACCAGGGCGCGGACGUAAUGUACUCGAACUCUUUAAAAGACGAACCGACGGAGGUGUACUGGAAGGCGCAAGGCGAGGUGGCUCAGACAGUGAUCGGAGAGUCGGGUGCAUUCACGCACGCUGACCCCGCGCUCAUCAGGGAGUUAGCUUGCGAAGCUAAGUUUUUGGUGCUGCCGAAACUCACAAACUUAGUCAUGUUUGGAAUUCCAUGUAAGAAUGUUACUUGGAUUGUGCAGGGUUAUGUAAAAUCGGAGCAUUAUGAUGAGACUGGCGAACUGCUGAUUACGUAUUAUGGUCCCGGCAACAUGCUGGCUAUUAGUUCAGUGUUCUUCGGCCGAGUGUCGCUAAGCACCUAUAGUACAUACACUGAUUGCGAGGCCAUAUUCAUACCUAUCCACCGGUUCUUUGAAAUCUAUAAGCGCUAUAAAAUUGAAUACGAAUUCUUGCAAGUUUGUACAACGGAAUUUGGAAGACAGUUCGAUGAAAUGUUUAAAAAAUGUAUACUGAAACAUAGAGAUUAUCAACAUAAACUUAGGGACAGGAUUUAUAGCACAAGGAUGUCUAUGGUGGCGACUUCAAAAGUAAUGCCGGAUAUACAAGAACAGCGUUCGUUACCCUUUGAAGGGGAACUCUGGGGAGAUCCGGAAUCUAGGUUUAUGCAAUCCUGGUUGACGUUUAGAUGCAUUAUUGUUUACGUAUCCAUUGCUUCCGCCGCUGUGUUGGGUGGCGUUGGAGCUGUCAAUCGAUGGGUGUUUACGAUGAUCAGUGGAUUCUGUGACUGCAUUUCCUGGAUUGAUAUUAUAAUGAAACUUUGUAUGCCUUAUUACGACAACCGCGGUAUUUUAAUAACUGACAGGCAGAAAUGCUUCCUCAAUUACGCAUCAAAAGCAUUUGUUUUGGACGUAAUCGGUGCCGUGCCAUGGUUCGACGUCAUCAAAUCUAUUCUCGAAUCAGAAAUCGACGAUGAUACCAGCUUUCUAAUGAACACGUUGUGCAAGUUUGCGCAUAUUUAUAUUAUAUUUGCUUAUUUUCAAUACAUUAGUGAUAUUCCAACCGUGAACGGAACUUUUAUCAAUAUCAUUAAAUGGCAACUGGUUAACAGCUUAGUUGUACUUGGAGCCAGUCACUAUUUCAUGGUGAGCUGUGUGAAGUUCGACUUUGAAUCAAAAAGUAUGCGACUAUUGGAUGUUACGCUCCGAAACACUUGUUGGAUGCCUGACGUUAUAGAGUUGCCAAUUGAUUUGAGCUGGGACGACUUGCAUUUGAUCUUUGCUGAAAGCCUAAGUCUUGCUGAAAACGGCAUGUUGGGUUUACAUUUUGGUAGAUUUAUAAUCGACCGAGAGAACGUCGGUGUUGGAAUUUGUCUCAUGUUUAUAGGCUUUCUUUAUUGGUUCAUUUCAGCUUAUUCUCUAACGCUUUUGGUGUUGGAUGUCGGAGGAGACUAUGAGUUCCAGCAUUCUGUCAAUCAACUCGAACAUUUUCUUAAAUCCGAAAGAGUUGACAAGGCCAUUAUUGAGAGAUCUGUCCUUCAUUUUAAAUACUCCUGGAAAAGAACUAUGGGUGUAGAAUUGGCCCAGCUCAAUAACGAGAGUAUCAAUACUGUUUUUAGACAGGAUCUCAAUUCUUAUUUCUACAGAAAAACAUUUAGCAUUUUGGACUCGAUACUUAAAGGAGGCGAACAGAUGCAAAGACAGCUGGCGAGCAACAGCAUCAUACAUUUCUUUCUGCCAGGCCACGACAUAUUUAGAGAACAAAAUAUGAUCAAUUACUUAUGUGUUGUCCAUCGAGGAAGGGUCGCGCUUAGUAAAAAUGGUCAGAAGCUUAUUACUCUCAGUAAAGGAGACAUAUUUGGGCAGCUCCUGGGCACUAAAGUACGACCUGUUCGCGUUACAGCUACAGCUGAAGAUUUUGUUGACGUGCUAUAUAUCGACCUCAAAGCGUUUCAGAGUACUAUUACAGAGCCGGUGAGACGAACGAUAACGCGUAAUCCACAACAAAAGAGCGACUUCAUGGCUACGAAGAACAUCUUCGUUGAGAACCCCUACGACACGGUACAAUAUUUGCUUCGAGGACGCAAAACCAUCAGGCUUCCGUGGAGCCGUUACCCAACAGAAGCUCGAGGUGCCAACUGGUACGUGUAUUUUUUGCACCUGACAUGGUUCGUGGGCCCUCUAGUCACGGCCAUGAUAGUGCACACUUUGUUUGUCCUGCCUACUGGACACAAUCUCUGGGUGCGGAUGUAUGUGCUGCUAUUUAUAUUCGACGCGGUACAUUUAAUAAACUUCCUUAGUGAAUUUUACGAGAUUGAGCUUGUUGUCCUAAAAAACAAGUGCGCGCAUCAACGCGUUGGCCUUAAAAUAUUCAAGCGCUGGGGGUUGUACGUAGAUUUGUUGACUUUCCUCAUACCAUUGUGUACGAUCAUUCACAAUGAUUGGAGAUUUCAAUACGGUAGAAUACUAAGAUUGAAGUCCUUCUGGGACUUUCAUCGUCAUUUCUGUAAGAGUUUUAAGAGACAACUAACCCCUGUCAUUUUGAAAAUUUCUAUUAUAUUGCUGAUAAUGCACAGUUUUACCUGUGGAUGGGUGUACAUCGCGUGCAGACAGGGCAAAUUCCCCGUCCGCCUUUUAGACGUGCGCAAUUUUUCAAACAUAAUUGACUUAAGCAUGUGGAUGCACCCUGAUGAUCGAGGCGAAGGUUGUGCUCGGGUUAGUAGAGAUGUUCCCGAUAAAGAUGACCCGGAAGUGUUUUUGCCAACAUUUGUGGUUCCAAGGCAUUGGGCCCACGAUUACGUUUUAGCAUUCACUUAUAUCUUGAUGACGCAAACGCUAACUAAUUUAGACACGGUAAUGCCACUGACUAUAAAUGAGGUAUAUUACAAGGUGUUCAUGACCUUUGUGCUACAACUAGUGGAUAUGUAUGUAAUGGCUAUGGCGCUUAACGUUGCCCGCACCAAAUAUCGUGAUCUAUACCUAUACGAUGCAGCUGUCAAGAAAAUGCUUAUAUAUUUGAGUAAUUGUGGACUGUGCAAAUCUUUAUCGGAUAGUAUUUUGGCGUAUACGCAUCAACUUUGGGAUAGGCAAAAAGGUGAGAGACUACCGGAUUUAGCGUACAAAGCUCCAACGUGUCUGAGGCAUGAUUUGUUUAGUGAGUUGUACAUACAUCAUUUAGAAGCCCCGGCGACGUUCAGGCAACUGCCUUAUUUCUUCAAGCGCCAGUUAGCGGCCAGACUUAAUCGAAUGACAGUAUUUCCCGGGAAGUGCAUUGUGCGAGAAGGCGACACGUUUAAUGUCACUUAUUUCAUACAUGAAGGUGAAGUGGAGAAGUAUCAAACUGACAAAAAUGGUGAGAGUAAAUUGGUAUCUGUGUUGUACACGAAUGGAUAUUUUGGAUGCGUUUCUGGGCUCUUCGUCAACGUGGGUUUCUAUUUCUCCUAUUACUCGCGAACUGUUGUAGACCUAGUGUAUUUACACCUUGACAAUUGGUCAGACUUAUUGGAAUGCUACCCAGAAGUUAAGAUGAUGCUCUAUGAGUCCACAAAAGCGUUUAGGAGUGAUGUCAUCAAGACCCAGUAA